UUGAGACCGGUGGAAUUUUCACGUGCAAGUCGACAAUACCGGCGAAAAAAUAAUUUCCAGAAGGGAAAAAUGGAUUUUUCUUCGCAACCUUCAGGUGGUAAGCUGGACAAUGCCCAGCGGGGACAGAUUAUGGAUCAAGUCAAGACGCAGAUUGCCUUGGCGAAUGCUCAAGAACUUCUCCAGAGAAUGACCGAUAAAUGCUUCAAGAAAUGUGUGAACAAACCAGGCACCAAUUUAGAUUCCUCAGAACAGAAAUGCCUAGCCUUCUGUAUGGAUCGAUAUAUGGAUGCUUGGAACACGGUCUCAAGAACGUACAAUCAGCGGCUACAACGAGAACACCAUAAAAUGUGAUAAAAGGCUCGCUGUAAUCACACCUGUCCCUUCACCGUUACUGCCCCAAUGCGAGGCAUCCCUCAACAGAAAUGGAAUAUCUUAGAACUCAAGGGAUGGAAGUCAUUCUAGGGAACUCCUUGCCUGACGGGGCUCUUAGAUAACUCGGAGGAUAGAUUUUGCUUUAAGAACUUGUCUGGUGUUUUGGACAAAUAAUUGGUUGUCCAUAGUUUUUUAACUACCUUCAGUCGUGAAAGGAUAUAAAUGGGACUGAAUUUCUGCAUUUUUUUUCUUACUGUGGCUAAGCAUUGUAUACAAAUAGUCACAUGGUGAAAUCUGGACUAUUCCAAUUCAGGAGGUGAAACAGAGUGAAAUAGAAAAGAGAGUUUUCACAAAGUGAUUAUUAUAAUUCUGGAACAAUGCACACAUAAAAAUAUUUUAAAAUUUGUUUUAUAUUACUCACACACAUACAUGUAGAUCUUCAUCAUUUGAAUUAAUUUGUUAGUUUUGUUUAAUUUAAUUUGUUGUUUUUCACAGUUAACAUAAAAUAGACAUUGAAACUCAUCCACCCCACACUCUGAAAAAAACAAAAACAUUCUCAACAAAGUGGACUAUUCCCAAGAAUACACCAACCAAAGGGCUGUAUAUGAUUAUAAUAUCAGCUACAUGUAUAAAUUAACUAUCUUGUUGUUUUCAACAAUUUCUAAGUUGAACCACUAGAGACAAAACUACUUUUUAAUAGAUGUUAAAUUUGCAUCGGGGAUAAAGAAUAUUAAUUUUGGUUUUUUUACCCAUACACCGAUGUGUGUUAGCACCUUUUUGUUAGGCCGAAUUUUUACAAUAAUCAUGGAGCAACGAAGAUGUCUUAGUGUUCUUCAUUCAUGUUUACCAUGAUGUUGAUAAAAUUGUGAAUUUUCUAGGAUAAAAUUGAACAGAUGGAACCCACAGGUUCAAGUAACUCAAUGUUGUACCAUCCUGUAAUUAAGUAACGUUUUCCCAAGAAAACUUACUUACAAAUUAGAAGUAUUGUGUUUUAAUGCACUUUUGUUUGGAUAAAAUCAGAAAUUAAAGUAUACACUCACUUUUUUUUAAUUUAACAAGGAAUAAAAGUAUCAAGAGUAUAAGAGAUUGAUACAUGUAUUAUAGAUGAAACAAAGCUCAUGUGAAUUGUUAUUGUUUCUUCAUUUUGUCUUUGUAGGAGUAGCAAUGAUUGCUAAUUGGGGUUAUUUUACACGUGGUUCGUCUUGGACACGUUUGGUAAUGCUGUCAAAGACCAGUACAUGUGUAUUACUACUUAGUG